UACAAAGAAACACAGCAAAAAGUCAUCGUCUUUCGUCUUCCUUCUCCUUUGCCCUGUUAAGGAUAAACAGAGAGCGAAAGGCCAUCGAGCGAGAGAGAGAGAUGGCGAUUGCACUGAAGGCCACAAUUUUCUCCUACGUGGUGCACGUGCUGGGCGUAGCCGGCGCGAUCAUGGUGCUGGUUUGGUGCAUCAGCUUCAGAGGCGGCUUUGCCUGGGAAGCUUCCAACAAAAGCCUUAUUUUCAAUCUUCAUCCUGUUCUGAUUUUGAUUGGCCUUAUCAUCUUUGGAGGAGAAGCCAUUAUUAGUUACAAGACUCUUCCUUGGACGAAGGAUGUAAAGAAACUAAUCCAUCUAGUUCUGCAUGCAAUUGCACUGAUACUUGGUAUAAUUGGUGUUUAUGCCGCAUUCAAAUAUCACAAUGAGAGCAAUAUUGCCAAUCUGUACAGUUUACACUCUUGGAUCGGGAUUGGAGUUAUUGUCCUUUAUGGCAUCCAGUGGGUGUAUGGCUUUGUCGUGUUCUUCUACCCUGGGGGCACGGAUGCAAUUAGAAGAGAGUCCCUUCCAUGGCACGUGCUGUUCGGGAUCCUCGUUUACAUCCUGGCUAUUAGCAACGCUACACUGGGAUUCCUUGAGAAGCUGACAUUCCUCGAAAACUCUGGGCUUGCCAAGUAUGGCACCGAGGCCUUCCUGGUAAACUUCACGGCCGUUGUCACAGUACUGUUUGGAAUCUUUGUGAUUCUCACCACCCUUUCUCAGCCUGCAACCGAAGAUGAGUACGCCUACUCUGAAAUCUGAAAAAAGGUAAUGUUACAAAACCAUGGUUACAUUUUUUGCGCAAUCCCAAGUUAUAACGUUACUUGUUGCACGGUUGAUCGGUUUGUAAUAAUCUAGUUGGUCAUACAACUGUGAUGCUUGUGUUAUGUGAUGGUGAUGGGGGUGUGCUCUGGCUGUAGCUUUGUUAUUAUUUGAACCUUUCACACGGGAUUCCUCAUUUCCUGUGUUCUCUCCUCUUUUUUCUUUUUUUUUCUUAAAUGUAAAUGUCCUCUCCUUGGGUGA